AGAUCACUUUUGGAAAUACAAACCUUUUGAGCAUCCAUCCAGUUAAUUUUUAUUGUUUUUUCAUAUUACUUUUCUUCAUACUGUAAGGAACUUUCAUGCUAUGUUAUAUAAUGUGACGUGGAUGCAGUAGAAGACCACGGCUAUUUAUUGGAUAUUAAUUUAUGUCAUGUUAGUUUAAAUUAUCUCAACUGUUUUGCUAAUAUUAACUGCAAUUGUUAGUGAUAGCUUUUCUGAUUUAUGCUGUUAAAAUUUUCAUUUAUUUAUUACUCAGGGACUUCUGCUGGACUUAAACCAGUUAAUCAAGGAUCCUUAACAAUUCAUGGUCUGCAUUUGAAUGUGCUAAUUUUUAGGAAAUUGAGCUUUUUCACUGAUAAGAAGGAAACUCGGGAGUCUGCUACUGCCCUAGGAUAUGUUGCACAUGCUGUUUCCCUUGUAGCCUCUUACUUGCAAGUUCCUUUGCGAUAUCCUUUACGGUUGUGUGCUUCUCAUUCAUAUAUUAUAGACAAUGCGCCUUCCACAGAGCUAACAUCUGAAGCUUCAUCAAAUGCAAACACAAAUGUCAAGCAUGUGGAAUUCCCCCUUUUUUUAGAAGGUCAAGACACAACAAGAGCAGCUUAUGCUGUAUUCUUACUAAAUAAGGAUUUAGAACAGCUUUUGAAUUUCACUGAUGCAAAGAGCUUGGGACCACGCCAUGUACUUGCUAAUUUGAGGGAGCUCUUGAGGAUUAUCCAGUCUUCAGCUUUUAUAGACAACUUGAUCUAGUGGAUUUUGUCUCUACUGUAAUUUCCUUGUAAAUCAAUUUUUUUUUUUCAAUUCUUGCCAGGGUGCAAUUUUUUUGGUGCACCUUCCAAUGUAGCGUUGUUAUAAAAAUGGAGCCGACCUUUCUAUAAUGGAUUUGGUAUUAUUUAGAAAAGAGUAUACAGUGCAGCCGAAAGUAUUGUUAUUUGGGCUUAUUAUAAAAUGUCAAAUACAUACCUGCAGGGA